AUGGCCAGCCCCCGGCCGCCGAGCGCCGGCCCCCUGCCCGGGCUGCUGCUGCUCCUGCUCCUGGGCGCCCUCCUGGCGGCUAUGACCCCCGCCGCCCCGGCCACGGCCAGCCAGCCCGACGCCUGCACCGCCCCCAACACCACCCCCAACGACCUGACCGGCCAGUGCCAGUGCAUCCCCGGCGCCCUGCCGGUGGCCGACGCCGCCGACGGCGCAUGCCGGUGCCUGACCAACAUGCACGUCCUCGAUGGGGCCUGCACCUGCCCUCCCAAAACCCGGCUCCUCGACGGCCAGUGCGCCUGCACCCCGGCCGGCACCGUCUACCAUGAGGCCCUCGGCCAGUGCGUGUGCAUCGCCGGCGCGCUGCCGGUGUCCGGCGCUCGCGACGGCGCCUGCGCAUGCAUCCCGGGCAUGGUGCCGCAGGGCCCGGCGUGCGUCUGCCAGGAGGGCUGGCUGCCCAUCUACGACGUCACCCGGCAGGCCCUGCGCGAGCCGCCCAGCUGCGCCGAAUGCCACGCCUCCUGCGCCACCUGCUCGCACCUGAACACCGACCUGUGCGGCACCUGCCCGCCAAGCCAACUGCUCCUCGGCAUCGACGCCUUCACCUGCGUCGCCGCAUGCCCGGCCGGCUACAACCUGGCCAGCAACGCCCGGCGCUGCGUCAAUUGCGGCCCCGGCUGCGACUGGUGCUCCGGCGCCCACCCGGACCAGUGCACCACCUGCGACCCGGCCCUCCGGGCCUACAUCGACAAUGGCCGCUGCCGGGCCUGCCCGGACGGCUGCGCCUCCUGCCUCGGGCCCAGCCUCUGCCUGGCCUGCCUGCCGGGGCUCACGUGGAACCCGGCCACCGGGACCUGCGCCCCGGCCUGCCGCCCGGGCCAGGCCCCGGACCCGGACCGCCAGCCGGCCACCUGCGCCCCCUGCCGCAAUGCCUCCUGCCUCGAGUGCCUGACCGCCGACGCCGGGGCCCGGUGCACCGCCUGCCGGCCGGGCUUCGCCAAUGACCCGGCCCUCGGCCGGUGCCAGCCCUGCCCGGACGGCUGCACCUCCUGCCUCGGGGAUGCGGGGCUCUCCUGCACCGGCUGCCAGGCCGGCCUCAUCCUCCACGAGGCCCGGUGCCGGGCCGACUGCCCGGCCGGCCGGUACCUCGAGGCCCGGGACCCGGCCCGGCCCGCCUGCCGGGCCUGCCACCCCUCGUGCGCCGCCUGCACCGGGCCCCUGGCCGGCCAGUGCACCGCCUGCGCCGACCGGCCCCAGGCCACGCCCCAGGCCCCGGCCCGGCCCGAGCAGCCCGCCUGCCCGGUGGCCGACGCCUGCGCCGCGGCCCACUGCGACGCCUGCCACAUCGACAGCCCGGACCGGUGUGUCGCCUGCCGGCCGGGCUUCCGGCUGACCCCGGCCGGGCAGUGUGUCCCGGACGAUGCCUGCCCGGCCGGCACGUAUCCCCACCCGGACGGCCAUGUGUGCCUGGCCUGCCCCGGCGCCUGCGCCACCUGCCACCCCUCCCAGCCGGACGUGUGUCUCUCCUGCGAUGGCCACGCCGGCCGGCACCUCCUCGAGGGGGGCGUCUGCGCGGCCGGCUGCCCCGGCCACGGGCACCAUGUCGACCCGGGCACCGGGGCCUGUGUCCCCUGCGCCGGCGACUGCAUCCAAUGCACCGGCCCCGGCCCCGAGUGCCAAUUGUGCCCCAGCGGCAUGCUCCUCCGCCAGGGCGCCUGCAUCCCCUCCUACGCCUGCACAUCCGGCGGCUUCUACGCCACCUUCCACGCCUGCCUGGCCUGCCACGCGGCAUGCGGCCAGUGCAUCGGCCCGGGCCCUGCCGACUGCAUCUCCUGCCCGGCCGGGCAGGUGCUCUCCCUGGGCCGCUGCCUCGCGGCCUGCCCGGCCGGCUCGUCCGAGUACCCCCCCGGGGCCGGCACAUGCCGCGACUGCGCCGCCGCCUGUGCCACCUGCACCGGCCCGGCCCCGGAAGAGUGCCUGGCCUGCGCCCCGAACUGGCUCCUGCCCGACGACCCGGGCCCCUGCGUCAUCGACAUCCCCUGCCAUGCCUCGUGCGACACUUGCACCGGGCAGUCCCCGCACCCGGACGGCUGCACCGCCUGCCCUCGGGGCAAGCUCCUCCUCCCGGGGGCCGGCUGCCUGGAUGCCUGCCUGGCGGGCUUCUUCGACGACGGGGCCGGCCAGUGCCGCAUGUGCGCGGCCGGCUGCUCCCGCUGCACCGGCCCCCAGCACGAGCACUGCACCGCCUGCUUCCCGCCCGAGCUUCUGCUCCCGGAUGGCACGUGCGCCGACCGCUGCCCGGAGGGGCAUUUCGACGCGCCCGCCGGCAAGUGCCUGCCCUGCGCGCCCGGCUGCCUCGCCUGCCAUGGGCCCGACCCGGCGGACUGCGCCCCGGCCCAUGGCUCGGGCUCCUCCCCCGCCGCCUCCUCCUCCGCUGCCUCUUCUUCCUCCGCCGCCGCCUCCUCCUCCGCUGCCGCCUCCUCUUCCUCUGCCUCGGGGCCUGCGCCCCCGGGCCGCGACGCCAAGAGCCGGGCCCUGGCCCUCGGCCUGGGCCUCGGUCUCGGCCUGCCCCUCGGCCUGGCCAUCGUGGCCAUGCUGGUGCUCCUCCUCCGCAAGCACACCCGCUCGCCGAAGGAGGCCCAGCCCGCCACCGAAAUGGGCGAUCUCCGCUGA